UUUCGAGGGGAAAGACAAAGGAAAUAUGAGACAAAACAAAAGGCCUCCUCAAGGCUCAAGUUCUCACUUCUCAACCACAAGUUGGCUGUUCCAGCAUCCCAACAAAGAAGAAAAUUGUACAAUUUUGUGCGUGAAGACCAUGUGAUUAGGUAUCUGUAUUUCACAUUUGUGCAAACAUCUUGCAAGUUGUUAUUCAUGGCUCGGAGAGGAAAUCAACCGAAAAAGGGAAUUGAUCAGACUUCUUCAAAGAGUAAGAAAAAGGACCCAGAUGUGAAAGGCGUAUCUGAUGAACUCUUAAGCAGUGAGCGUCUUAGCUCCCCUUUAUCAGAAGAAGCUAACAGGACCUCUGUUGCAGAUGGGAAAAAAAAGAACAAAAAAUCUAGAAAUGUGACCAAGAAAGAUGAGCCAAAGAUGGAUGAUGUGGGUGUUGGGCCCUCAAUCCCUGACAGUAAUGUUUCAGGAGAGUGUGCGGAAAAGCUUCAUAGGAACUUUGAUAUGUCACAUGUCAGUAAUCAUAGCUCAGAAAGUCAUGAUGGUGCCUUUAGUCAUACCGUAAAUGGAUGUAAUACAUCUGGUAGGAUUGACAAAGUGCAGUUUUCGCAUGUUGUGGUACUUGAAAGCCUGAGACAUUAUGCUCUGUCUAUUUUAAGGACAUCUCGUGGAUGGCUGGAAAGGAAAAAACCAGUUUUCACUGCUGUAGUGAGAAACAUUUACAAAAUUCGUGACUAUAUACAAUUGAAACUUGUUCAGACAUAUCCAAUUGUUUUGAAGUGGUUUUUUCAUCUGGGUAACAUACUGCUGCUUGUUUCUAUGGUUUGGUUGGAUUGUGCUGUUCGUGGCAUGGACUCCUUUCUGAGGAUGGGAACAACUUCCUUCUUCACUAUUUUAUGGUUCGGCAUUCUUUCAGUUAUUGCAAUGAUCGGAAUGUUCAAGUUUAUGCUGGUGUUGGCUGCUGCUGCAGUAGUUGGAGUUCUGGUGGGCUUCGUCAUUGCACUGCUGCUAAUUGCUAUUACUGGUGGAGUAUUUCUAUGGUUAUAUGGAGCUUUUUGGACCACAUCUGCUGUCAUUCUUCUUGCAGGAUUGGCAUUUAUAUUGAGUCGCGAGCGGCUUGCCUUAUUGAUUACCACUGUGUAUUCAAUAUAUUGUGCUUGGGCAUAUGUUGGAUGGUUUGGGGUACUUAUGGGUUUCAAUCUAUCAUUCAUUUCGAGUGAUGCACUCGUAUACUUCCUGAAAAAUAAUAUAGAUGAGCAGAGAAGUAAGCCUUUUCAGGGAACAGAAGGAGUUCAAGGUGAUCGAAACUUUUCUAAUGGUGAAGCACACUUUCAGUACUCUGACAUCGGUUCAGGGCAGUCGACAGAUCGUAGUGCUGGAGUUGCUUCAACUAGUGGGGCUGAUUCUGAGAUUACAUCCGAAGAUGAAGUCGUCCGCUUGUUGAAUUGUACUGAUCACUACUCAGCAUUGGGCUUGUCCCGAUACCAGCAAGUAGAUGUGUCUGUGCUCAAGAGAGAGUACAGGAAAAAGGCUAUGCUUGUUCAUCCUGAUAAAAAUAUGGGAAAUGAAAAGGCUGCAGAAGCUUUUAAGAAACUUCAAAAUGCAUACGAGGUCUUGCUGGACUCUUUGAAACGAAAAGCAUAUGAUGAUGAACUUAGGAGGGAAGAGCUACUAAAUUAUUUCUGCCGCUUUCAGAGUGCUUCUCAAAAGAAUGGGCGGCAUGGCUUCUUCCCUAAUGGAUUUGCACGCUCAGAGGGUGAAGGAGAAGACCCACUGGGAGAGGCAAGAAGAAUUGCUUGCAAGAAGUGCUGUAACUUCCAUAUAUGGUACCAGACCAAGAAAACUAAAUUGAAAGCAAGAUGGUGCCAGGAUUGUGAAGAUUUUCAUCAAGCUAAAGAUGGGGAUGGAUGGGUUGAACAGUCUUCCCAACCUUUGUUGUUUGGAAUACUGCGGAAGGUUGAUUUACCUGUUGCAUAUGUUUGUGCCGAUGGCAGAGUAUAUGAUGCCACAGAGUGGUACAUCUGUCAGGGAAUGAGAUGUCCUUCUAACUCACACAAACCAAGUUUUCAUGUUAACACUAGUAUAACGAAGAACAAUUAUGGGAAAGGACCGUCUUCAUCACAAAGAAGUGGUGCGGGAGCAGCAAUGGAAGAAAACAUGACUGAGGAAGAGUUCUUCGCUUGGUUACAGAAUGCUAUGCAAUCAGGAAUGUUUGAGGAUUUCAACGGGGUUUCUCCAAAUGAAAGUUCACAAACGAGCACGAAAAACAACUCAAAAACUGCUAGUGCGAAUACUAGUGCUGGUGGUAGCAGCAGUAGGAAAAAGAAAAAGGGUAAGAAACAAUGGUAAACUUACCCAACCAUCUUAUUACCAUCCAUCCUGACUUUUGUAAGUGAGGAGAAAAAGAAAGUAAGAGAUUCGAUGUGUUGAAUACCAGAUCUUGUAAUGUGGAAUGAAAGUAUACACUGCAAAUCUGCUGUUGAAUUAGCCAUUCAAAGGUUGUAUAGUUUCUGUUGUAUGACAGUGUUUCCAUGAUCAUUAUACUCAAUAGGUUGUAGUGCCUUGCAAGAAAUGGCAAUUCAAUUUUUCCCAGAA